AUGGUUAGGACGUUUGCCUCUGACCGGAGAGACGUUGUGCACCCCGGCGAUGUAGUCAGUCUGCUUUUGGAGAAUCAGACUUCGCACCACUAUGAGUAUUCUCCCUCCUGCGCCGCCCCCAGUACCGCGUUCGGAGGCAGUCAACGCAUGCACAAGCGCGUCUCCUCAGACGCCUAUGGUGGUUACUUCCCGUCGCCCCACUCAGCUGUCGAUCUCUCCUCUCUUCCGCCCUCGGAGAACGCGAGUGGUCGUGAA